GACUGUUUGAGGGGGAAAGGAUAGCAAUCUGUAGACAGAGCUAUCCGAACAGUAGCGACCAAUUUGGGUAUAGUUGCCCCAUGUGCUACUUGUACCUGUCAGACUUUAACCAUAUGCCACAUAGUUACAAUAGCUCCUAAUACCCCAUAAGGCAAUCGACUUCACUCUUCUUUUCUCUUACAAGCUAUAUACUUCCUAAUUCUAAAGUCUAGACUUCAAAUCCAACCACGGCUACACCCCCAUCCCUUGAUUACUGAUCGCAUCGCGGAUUUCUAAUCUCGGCAUGACAAGAACCCCGACUGGAAUGACGCCAUGAAAACCUCCUCAUUUACUAUAUAGUCCCAUUUCAACCCCUCAUUUUCCAUAAACAUCCCAAAAUUUGUUCUUCUCUUGCUUCAAAGCAAACUCUCCAAUAACCAAAAUGGCCUCCAAACCCUUCGCUAUCAUCGCCGGCGUCGGCCCAGGCACUGGCGCCUCCAUCGCCCGCCGCUUCGCCAAAUCCUACCCCAUCGUAGUCCUAGCCCGCAACCCAGCAAACUACCAGCCCGUCGUGGACGAGAUCAACUCCUCCGGCGGUCAAGCCACCGGCAUCAGCACCGAUCUAUCCGACUCGACUGGUGUCCGCUCCGCCUUUGAGCAGAUCAAAUCGCAGUUCCAGGGUUCAUCACUAGCCGCCGCAGUGUUCAACUCGGGCGGUGGAUUCGUGAGGAAGCCGUUUCUUGAGUUAACGGAGACGGAGUUUAGUUCCGGGUUUGAGGGGCAGGGGAAAGGAGCAUUCAACUUCGCCCAGAAUGUCCUCCCACUCUUUCCGGCUGAGUCGCAAGGAGGUUUGAAAUACCCACCUACUCUCAUUUUCACCGGCGCUACAGCCAGCGUGAAGGGCUCGGCGCAAUUCGCUUCCUUCGCCGCGGGCAAGUUCGCGCUUAGGGCGUUGGCGCAGUCGCUGGCGAGAGAAUUCGGACCUAAGGGCAUUCAUGUCUCCCAUGUUAUUAUUGAUGGGGUUAUUGAUAUCCCGAGGACGAAGGGGUGGGUGUUCGAGAAGGAGGAUGCCAAGUUGGAUCCUGAGGCUAUUGCCGAUUCGUAUUGGCAUUUACAUACACAGCCCAGGACGACGUUUGGAUUUGAGUUGGAUUUGAGGCCGUAUGUUGAGAGGUGGUGAUUGAGAAGAUUGGAAAAUAGGGAGAGUAGUAUCAUUGGGAGUAGUAUUCCAAGUUAAAUUGUUCAAGGACAGGAAAUUGUACAGGGUACUACGUAGUAUCUAAAUGGACUACAAUAUCGGUUUUACAGUCCCAAAGAAAAAAUUAACUUCCACAAAUGUCCUGGCUGCUACCAAUAUAAAUAAAGCUGUUAACUG